AUGGCUAGUAAAGAAGUUGGAGCAGAUAAAGCUGAGGGAUUAUCAGAACGGCCAAUUUUAAAGAUCGACAUCCCAUCUAAUAGAAAACGAACUCUGGUUGCAAUUGGAACUCAUGAUUUUGAUACGAUUAAGGGACCUUUUACUUAUGAAGCUCUUUCGCCAAAAGAGAUAAAGUUUACACCGUUAAAUCAAAAAAAGGAAAUGAAUGGAGAGGAAUUAAUGGAUUUUUAUACGACCGAUAAACAUCUCGGAAAAUUUCUUCACAUAAUCCGUGAUUCACCCGUUUAUCCGGUCAUUUAUGAUGCAAACCGGAACGUUUGUUCUUUACCCCCAAUAAUUAAUGGUGAUCUUUCAAAGAUUACAUUGAAUACUAAAAAUGUAUUCAUUGAGUGCACUGCAACUGAUUUAACAAAGGCUAAAAUUGUUUUAAACACUGUUGUUACAAUGUUUUCUGAGUACUGUGAACAACCAUUCACUGCGGAACCUGUAAAGGUCAUAUAUCCCGAUGGGACUCAAUGUAUUUAUCCGGAUCUUUCACCUCGUUCUAUGACUGUGAAAGUUGAUUAUAUUAAUGCUUGUACCGGGUUAAACCUUGAAACUUCAGAAAUAUUAUCACUCUUAAAACGUAUGUCGUUUUCGGCUAAAGUUGCGAACGAACAAGAUAAAAUCUUGGUUGAUAUACCGCCAACUAGGGCAGAUGUUUUGCAUGCAUGUGAUAUAAUGGAGGAUGUUGCUAUUGCAUAUGGAUUUAAUAGAAUUCCAAAGACUUUUCCAGCUUGUGUAACAGUAGGUAAAGCAUUAGCUAUUAACAAAUUAAGUGAUGUGUGUUCACACGACGAAAAUUUUGCAUACUUAAACAAAAAAGAUGACAACCUUACUGCAGUGAAAUUGGCAAAUCCUAAAACAGCGGAAUAUCAAGUUGUUCGUACUUCACUCUUACCAGGUGUAUUGAAAACUGUGAGAGAGAAUAAAAAACAUACUUUGCCAAUUAAAGUUUUUGAGGUAUCCGAUGUCGUUUUCAAAGAUAAUUCUUUUGAAAGGUUAGCAAGAAAUGAAAGACAUGUAUGUGCAAUUUAUUGUAACAAAGUGUCUGGAUUUGAGAUUAUUCAUGGACUUGUUAAUCGCAUUAUGGAUAUGCUUAAUGUGAAACUUGUUUCAGCUUCAGAUAAUGAAAAAGGAUAUUUUAUAAAGGAAUCCGAUGAAGUGGAGUCUUCAAAUAUCACAAAAAAAAUAGGAAGCUUUGGAAUUUUGCAUCCUAACGUUCUAGAAAAAUUUGAAGUAACCUUUCCUUGUUCUGCCGUAGAAUUUAAUUUGGAA